ACCUACCCUAGGUGCCCAAAUAAAGAUGCUGACUGAGAAGCAGUCAACAGACUUCGAUCAAACUUUCUUAAGGCUUUGGAAACGACUUAACAUGUCAUACAUUCUCAUGUGAUGUUAUAUUAUUUGUGUUUUUUAACUUUGUCAAAAAAUCUGAGUAGACAGGUACCAACAUGUUUUUAUAUUGUUCCUCAAAUAGGAAGGGUGUUUCGACUUAUAAACAGACAAGUUUGUGAUAUUAAAAAAUGCAGCUCUCAAAAAGAUCGGAAAAUAACUUCAGCAGGAAUUGUCGUUAUAGGCGAUGAAAUACUAAGAGGUCAAGUGCAAGACACAAACUCUGCUUUUCUAGCAACAGAACUACAUAAAUUGGGGAUUGAAUUAAAAAAGAUUACUGUGAUUCCUGAUAAUGUAAACACUAUAUGUGAGGAAGUGAAAGAUUUUUCAAAAAAAUAUAACUAUGUACUGACUACUGGAGGCAUUGGACCCACCCAUGACGAUGUUACUUAUGAGGGAGUUGCCCUUGCUUUUAACGAGACCCUCCACCUACAUCCUGAUUUGAAAGAAAUAUGUAGCCAUUUUUAUAAAACACAGGAUCCUAAUGGUGUAGGCAUGAAACUGGCUCAUGUUCCAAAAUCCUCCAAGCUGAACUACAAAACAAAAUCUGGAUCAAAAUUAAAUUAUCCAAACGUAUCUAUACACAAUGUCUAUAUGUUUCCGGGUAUACCAGAAUUAUUGAAGAAAUCUAUGCUAGAAGCAGGAUCUGUAUUAUUUAAAUCAGAUAAAAAAUUCUUUAGCAGACAUUUUUACUGUAACUUGCCUGAACACGAAAUAGUUACAGAGCUACAACAAGUUGUAAAUGAAUUUCCUGAUGUACAGUUCGGGUGUUAUCCAAAAAUGUUUGAUAGUUUUUAUAAAGCCAAAGUUACUUUGGAAUCGUGCUGUGAAGAAUCAACAAGGAAAGCUUAUGCUAGACUAAUGGAAUUAGUGCCAUCCAAUUCUGUUGUAAACGUUGAUACAAAGGAUCAUUAAUAAUCUAAUUAUUGUGACAUUUAAUAUUUGUUUUUGUAUGACUAUUUAUUUAUUUACUUUUAUUCAUUUCUAAAAAUGUCUUUAUGCCAAAAAAAUAUAUUAUUUCAAAUUGCUUUGUGAAUGUGUGAUUCAAAUUUACGUAGUAACAAGUUCUGAGACAA